AUGAAAUUUCACUUCUCUGACACUCCACCAUCACAAUUAUGUGCUGAUUUUCAAACUAUUCAAAAAAUCGAUCGGGAUACUUUCACACAAUUAAUAAUUGCCAGUGUUAAACUGAUAUCAGGAGAAUUGGAAUUAUCGUCAGUGUCCCAAUUAUAUGAAGCUUUAGAUCCACUCUCGGAACCAUCAGGAUUAUCUACACAAAAAUUAGCUAAUUUAAUUAGAAGUAUUACUCUCUUCUUACAAGGUGUUUUAGGAAAGAAUUUAAAACCAGAAUUUAUUGAACAAGAUGCUAAAAAUCUUGGAUUGGAUGAUGAAAAAUCGGCAGUAAUUUGUCAAUUGAUGAAAAAGUAUUUUGUUGCCCUGAGUCGUGGUAUUUUCUCUCAAACUCUUUCUAUUCAUCCAUUAUUGGAUAUGGAUUGGAAAUUCGGUGUAACAGCCUCUAGUAGUGAAUUGGAUGAAGUUGGUUCAACAUUCUUACAAUUGAAACUCACUAUUGAUGAUGGAGGUAAAAGAGAUGUUUUUGUUGAAAUGUCACUCCAACAAUUUUAUGACUUUUUGCAUGAAAUGGAAAAGGCUCAAUCAUCGUAA